AUGACCAAGACCGAGCUUCUCGGCUCGGACCUUGCUCGUGCGGGCAAUGCCAUGCUUUCAUCUCGACUCCUGCAGCCUGCCGUGACUCGCCGUUGGCUCCAUCCCAUCGCUGACACCUCAAACUUGCGCAACGGGGUAGGCAGACCCUGGGAGGUGUAUCGUGCAGGAUCUAGUGCCAUCUCCCCUAUUGUUGACAUCUUCACCAAGAGCGGCGCGAUUGGGCCAUACGCCAGCUAUUUUGGCCUCGCCCCCGACUUCAACGUCGGAUUUGCAAUCCUUGCGCACGAUAGCACCGUGGAAGACCGCAAGUUGGAUCUGAACGUCUACGCAGACGUGGUCAGCGAUGGGCUGACACAGUUGACGGAAAUGGCCGCGGUGAUGAUGAUCACACAGUUUGUGGGUACAUACAGCGCAAGCAACAAUCAGUCAGUCGUGGCAUUCAACCAGAGCGACUAUGGCCCUGGUCUCUCCGUCAUAACCGCUCGUCUGAAUGGCACUGAUCUGAUGGCGGAGGUGGCAGAGUCCAUGGCCAUUGAGACGGCCGCUCUUGACUUCCGCCUCUACCCGACAAACGUUGUAAAGAAGCAAUGUAUUUGGGCCGAUCUAACCCUGGGUAUCAUGGGAACUCAGCCGUAA